GCGUCGACCUCUCCUACUCGAAGCUCGACUUCGUCGACUUUGCGUACGCCAGACUCGACGGCGCGCGGUUGUACAAGGCCACGCUCGCCACGCUCGUCGAGGCCAGCUUCAGGGGCGCGUCCGCCGUGGGGGCGGACUUGCGCGAGGGCAGCUUCAAAGACGCCGACCUCACGGCGGCCAACUUCUCGGCCGCAAAGCUCGUCAAGGCGGACAUCGUCGCGGCGAAGCUCAGCCGCGCAGACUUCUCGGGCGCCUCGCUGCAGCGCGCCACCCUCACCAUGCUGCGCGACGCCGCCGGCCCCUCCUUCGCCGCGGCAGACAUGCGAGGCGCCGUCCUCACCGACUCCGUCAUGCCCGACGCGUCGUUCGCGCGCGCUGACCUCACCGGCGGCGCUGACUUGCGAAACGCGAGCUUCCGGCACGCGACGAUGACCAGGCUGCAGGCGCAGCGGGUGCGCGCGUCCAACGCGGACUUCGACGGCGCGAAGCUGCGCGGCGCGAACUUUGACGGCGCGGACCUGACCAACGCGACCUUUCUGGGCUCCGACCUGCUCGGCGCAACCUUCGUUGGCGCGACCUGCACGGCGGUGGCGUGGGCGCCCCAGAACCGCUAUUCGACGUACUUUCGGAGCCCAUGCUGA